AUGGCGACUCAACGCUUCCCUACUGACAACUAUUCCAACUCUGUGGUUCAAUUUUUGGACACGAUACAGUAUAACGACACAAAUUAUACGCGUGAAGAGCGCCUUGCCAAGCUCCACUAUGUGUAUACCAAAACGGCCAAGCACUUUGCUCAUUACGACAGACAGAAGCAAAUCAAAGUGAGCCCAAGCAAUCUGCAACCCUUGCUGCAAGCAAUGGUUACCAUGGUCGUAUAUAGUUGGGCCACAGCCUCGGAAAAGGUUAUGGUCGACCUGAGCAUUCACUACACAUAUAUGCUCAUCCUUAACGACAGUCAUGACGACGAUCCCACAGAGAGCAUGAAGUCAUUUUACAAUACCAUAUUGGCCGGUCUACCUCAGGAGCACCCGUGGUGGCAAAUGGUGAAUAACCACUUCCCUCAGGUUCUUCGGCACUACGGUCCCUACUGCGGGCUGAAUGUAAUUCGCUCAACAACAGAGUUCUUUGAAGGCUGUUGGGUUGAGCAACACAACCUUAUGGGUCUCCCUGGGUCCUUGAACUACCCAAUAUUUCUGCGACAAAUGAACGCACUGGGGCAAUGCAUUGGGGGUUCCAUAUUCCCUAAGGAACGAUUUGAUGAGAGCGAGCUGUUUGCAGAAAUAACGACCGCCAUUGUGCAGAUAGAAAACUGGAUUACCUUUGUGAACGGCCUGCUAUCCUUCUACAAGGAGUUUGACGAGCCGCGUGACCAGACCAACUUGGCAAACAGUUAUGCUCGGUGCGAUAAGGUUACCCUGGAGGAGGGCCUCAAGAAGUCGACCGAUGACGCGAUUGCGGACUCAGAGCAGCUCCUCGCCGUAUUUCGUGACAAGGACCCCAGAAUAAUGCACACACUGCGCACAUUUUGCCAAGGUUACGUCACCUGGCAUCUCUGUGACCCUCGGUACCGACUCCAGGAGCUGCAAUCGUUCACCACGGAGUCGGCAGAGCUUUCAAGCAAGCUUCACAACUAUUUGCAGUCCGCAAAGAAGGUCGGAUCCUUUGACCCCAAGGCGUGGGCGUAUCCGAGCGUGGCAUCUCUGGCAGCCGAGGAUCUAGCGUACUGGUCGGAUGGCCUGUGA